AUGGACGUGCGGGUCAGCGGUGAGGCUCGUGCUUUGUAUGACGCCUCGAUGCGGAUCGAAGUUGGGUAUGGCGCUGCUGUACAUUUUUGGGAGGAUGCCUGGAUCGGCAGCCUCACGGCCACGACCAUUGCCCCUGACCUUGUCAAGCUCGUCAGGGUGGCUGUGCAUCGUCAGUGCUCGGUUCAGGAAGGCUUGCCAGGGAAUGCAUGGGCAGCGGACAUAGCCGGUGAGCUCUCCGUGGCGGCGGUGGUGCAAUACUUGCACCUUUGGGCGACCAUCGCAGAGGAGCCAUGGAGCGGGGCUGCGGAGGACCCGUUCAUCUAG